GAUACCCAUCACUUCGCAACAAUUUAGCAGCAUCUAGUAGCAUCAUCAAAGCUCAUGGCGACAAAUCUCCUUUUCGGAUAUUCCUGUUGCUUGAUUGCUGGCAUCGGUUUCGCAGUGAACUACCUGCCGGUGAAGAGUUGUGACAUUGGUGAUGGAAUCUUUUUCUCUGCGGCGAUGUCAGUAGGGAUCCUUCUCGUGGGCUUGGUCACAGGGAUGUUCCUCACCUCAACACCAAAUGUCGAAAUCCCCGCCUUCGAGCCUUUAGCUGCAGCUGGUGGGGCCGUGUGGAUGCUGGGAAAUUUGAUGUGCCCAUACAUCAUCCAGACCAUCGGCCUCGGCCUUGGCCUCACCGUUUGGGAUCUGAGCAAUAUGCUCAUGGGAUGGGUCACAGGCUAUUUCGGGCUUUUUGGUCUUCCCAAAGAACAGGAUGUGAAGCAGCCAUGGGCCAACUUUGUUGGCCUGGUGCUGGCAUCUGUCUCGUUGAUUUUCUUUUCCCUUGCAUCUGCAUUUGAUGACUUCGAACCUGCACGAGAGGUCGAGAUAAAGAAGGUAAAUUCGGACGCCUCAACAGCGGCUUCAUGUGGAGAUUUACCGGACAUCGAAGAUGGGCAGAACGUGCAGAAGCCGACACUGAAACAUGGGGAGCGAGGGGCUGAUGCUUCAGAUCGCGCAAAUCGCAUGAAGGCAAUGUUGGGCUUCUCAAUGGCAAUCCUAGCAGGCGUUUUGUUUGGCUCAACGUUCGAUUUGCCAAUGGAUCUCAAGAAUGGCGUCUUUGGUCCAGACCACAGCCAGCACAUCAUGGACUAUGUGUUUAGCCAUUUCAUCGGUAUCUCUGCUGCAGCUUCGGUCGCCCUCACAGUCUACAUCACGGUCAGGGGGAAGAAGAGCUUCUUGCAACGGCAGCUCAUCGUUCCUUCUUUGGUCUCUGGUGUGAUUUGGGGGAUCGCGCAAGUGGCAAGUUUCCAAGCAAACAUCGAGGUGGGUUUCGCGAUAGCGUUUCCGAUCAUCGGUAGCCUUCCAGACAUCAUCGGGCUUUUCAUUGGAUGCUGCUGUCUAGGAGAAGUCAGGACUACACGGAUCCGCAUAUUUUCACUUGUCGGCCUGCUUCUGAGAGUACCAGGAGUCCUGCUUAUCGCCCUUUCCUCAGUGUAGUUCAGAUAUUAGUUGGAGAACCAGGACUGCUGCAAUGUCGGUGGUGAAUAGCUGGAUGAUGGAUGACUAGGGUCAUUUCCAUCCACUCCGAUAAUCCUAAUUAGAAAGAUUUGCUGUUGGUUUAGUCUCCUUCAGUACUGCAAGCAUUUUCGUCGAGCUUCAAUGCUUCUGUAGAGCAGAACUAUAAAGCUUGUUUCUUCCCUGCUUUAAGUCUUGGUGAGAUUCUGGAACCUCGUGUUGGUGCUCUAGUUCAUCACCAAGCAGCCUAUAUCUUCCCAUGCCCUUGUCUCUUUUGUGCUCGAAUCGUAGCUAUACUUUACUGUAUAUUGUAUAUGUAGCCGUGGUGCUUCUGCGCAUCCGAUGGGCCAGCAUCAAUUUUCCAUUGUACAGAUAUUGUUAGAAUGUAUAGUCUAUCUACUGUACAGGGGUUCCGAGUAGCCCUCAACAUGAAGAUCAUGAAGCAGUUGCACUCAUUUGCGCUGACAA